AAAGACGCACAGAACCAAGAGAGAGUUUUGUACCGCUCCCUUUCCCCUCUCUACCUGCUCAAACCUGCUCUAGGGUUUUCCAUUACCAAAUCUGAUUUCUUCCUCAGCUACACUGUUUUGAAUUCCGCAGCUACAACGGUAUGCCUUUGCAUCUCAACUCGUUUCAGGUUUUGGCAUGAUGAGGAUAACAGACCAUAGAAGCUUGGAAAUAUGUUGUCAAGGAAUGGUGGUUUAAUACCUAUGCUUCGCUUUGUUCUAGAUCUUCGAAGUUCCUAUAUAUGAACUUAUGAAUGGUCUGAUAAAUGGUUUAGGGGAAAAUUGAAGGGCUGUAUUUACCUUUUCGUCGUACUUUUUCAAAAUAGAAUUUUCUUGGGGAAACCGCCUGUUGCUAUGGGGUCUUCUUCUGGUACUUGUGAAAUUGUUGAAGCAAGGGAAGAGCGAAAUCCAGUUCAACAUUCUAGAGGAGCCGAUCAACUGAAUUCUGGAUUCCGGGCGGAUGGUAAUCAAAGGCCUUCCUUACUGAAAUUGGGAUAUAAGGAAUCUCUUGAAGACGAUAUUAAUAAACUUUUUGAGGCUAUCAGUCUUAAAACUUCAUCCAAGGACUUAGGUGCUUCAAACCAAGUAGGCACAAGUACCAGCCCCUUAAGGAAGAAUGCUUUGAAAAAGCCAAUUACAAUGGGCAUGCCCCAGUCACCAAAACAUGGAAACCAUGAGAAUUUGUCUCUGAAACAGGCAUUAAGGGAGCUUUGUAUUUCUAAGGCAUCGGAAAUGGCUGCUAUGAAACGUCUAUCAAAGCCAAUCAGUUCUCCUCGGAUCUCUGAAGCUGGGAGGAUAACGAGUUUGUUCAAUGCAGUUCUAGUUGAAGAAGCCAGGGUAUCUGGUCUCUCCCAAAAUGAAACAAAAGGAAGUGUUCUUGAAAUAUCACUGGAGCCAGAUGAUGGAAAAUCAAACUCUUUCGGAAAGAUGCCUCAGCAACUUGAGUUGCAUAAGAAGAAGUUGCCGAACCAAACAGCAAAGUCUUCACCUCAGUUUUCUGUUUCAACAACACAAAAUGGUACUGGGAUAACACCAAUGCAAAACGAUGGUAUUUCUGCUUCAAUGAAAGUUGAAACUCAGGCAUUAAAGACGCCGAAUGUAAGUUCUAAUUCUUCUCCUCGUUUUGGUGCUCCAUCUAGACCCAAUUGUGUUGGGGACAUGUCUGUACAGAAUGAGAUUGUUUCUCCAUCCAGAAAAGUGAGAGCUCAGACAUUAAAGUCAACAAACCAAAGUACUCAGUCUUCUCCUGGCUUUGCAGUUUCGUCAGCUCAAAAUAGUUCUGGUAUGGGAACAAUGCAAAUGGAAUUCAUGCCUACGUCGAGAAAAGUAGGAACUCAAGCAUUAAAGUCACCAAACCAAAGUGCUCAUUCUUCUCCUCGACUUGCCGUUCCAUUAGCAGAAAAUGGGACAGAAUCCAAAUUGAUGCAACAUGACAUUGUUCUUACACCAAGAGAAGCUGCGACUCAAGCAGUAAGGUCUGAGCUGGUGCCAGAAGAGAGGCUGACACCUUCACCAUAUACAUCUUGUUCUGAUAUUGGCAACAUUAUGUUAGAGCAGGACAAAAAUGCUCUUGAGUCAACCAAAUUAUCUAAUAAGGCAUCAUCACCAAAAUCAGGGCGAAAAAGCAGGUUACAUACAGUGCCUCCAUCUAGUUCAGUGAAUGCUACCAGGGUAAACAAGUCAAGUAGAAACACUACCCGUCUAAUGAAACCGGUUCUCAGGAACAGGAGUUUUGUUAAGAAGAAAGUAAAGCAGAAUUCAGCUUCUGCUAUGCGCACGUCUAAUUCACAUUCCAAAGUAAACAUGGAUCCUGAUACAAGUCAAUUAGUUUGCCCAAAUUGUCAAUGUACUUUGCAAAAUGCAGUGAAUCAGGGUUCUCCAGUUUCCCACUCUGUCAAUCUUAGUACUGAAGUUGGCCCAACCAAUGUGACCUCUGGUGUGAGGAAGCCAGGCUUCAACUCCAAUAACUGUGACAGAAGUGAAGAUCCCAGUGUGAAAGUAAAGGACUCAAAGUCAAAAGAAAAGGGGGAGUUUUCCCAUAGCUCAAAAAGCAGCCUCGGAGAGUAUAGUAGCAGUACAAGUAUCAGUGAUGAUAGCAAUUUAAGUGGGUCUAGUUGUGGCAACAGACCUCAUAUGUCAAAGGAUGUGAGGUGGGAAGCUGUACGCCUUGUUAAGAUGCAGCAUGGGGUCUUAGGAUUGGGACAUUUCAAUCUUUUAAAGAAGCUUGGUUGUGGUGAUAUAGGUACAGUAUAUCUUGCUGAGAUGAUUGGUACGAACUGUCUAUUUGCAAUAAAGGUCAUGGACAAUGAAUUUUUAGCUAGGAGAAAGAAGAUGCCCAGGGCUCAAACUGAAAGAGAAAUAUUGAGGAUGCUAGAUCAUCCUUUUCUCCCAACACUAUAUUCCCAAUUCACAUCAGAUAAUUUAUCAUGUCUAGUUAUGGAGUAUUGUCCCGGUGGAGAUCUACACGUUCUGAGGCAGAAGCAGCCCGGCAGGAAUUUCCCUGAGCCAGCAGCCAGGUUUUAUGUUGCUGAAGUCCUCCUUGCUCUGGAGUACUUACACAUGCUGGGCAUUGUCUAUCGAGAUCUGAAGCCGGAGAAUAUUCUUGUCCGAGAAGAUGGCCAUAUCAUGCUCACGGACUUUGACCUCUCACUCAGAUGCUCUGUUUCUCCAACUCUCUUAAAAUCAUCUUCAUCUGAUGUGGAACCACCAAAGAUUUCUGGUCCGUGCACACAGUCUAAUUGCAUGGAGCCUUUCUGCAUUGAACCCUCCUGUAAAGUUCCGUGCUUCAGUCCUAGGUUUUUACCUGCUGCAGCAAAAGCAAGGAAGUUGAAAGAUGAGCUCGCAGCGCAGGUUAGGUCAUUGCCGCAGCUUGUGGCUGAGCCUACUGAUGCUCGUUCCAAUUCCUUUGUUGGAACCCAUGAAUACUUGGCUCCGGAGAUCAUCAAAGGAGAGGGCCAUGGAGCUGCAGUCGAUUGGUGGACUUUUGGCAUAUUCCUCUAUGAGCUUCUAUAUGGUAGAACACCCUUUAAAGGUUCUGGGAACGAUGAAACUCUGGUCAAUGUGGUGUUGCAGAGCCUCCAGUUCCCAGACAGCCCCCUCGUUAGCUUUCAGGCAAGAGAUCUCAUCAGAUCGCUGUUAGCAAAGGAGCCUGAGAAUAGAUUGGGCUCAGAGAAAGGGGCUGCUGAGAUCAAGCAGCACCCAUUCUUUGAGGGCUUGAAUUGGGCAUUGAUACGUUGUGCCAUACCACCAGAACUACCAGAGUUCUAUGACGUCGGAUAUCCAAGUACGAAUUCUCAUGACAAGAGCAGGUUUGUAGAGUGUAAAGCCACGGGAGAGCACCUUGAGUUUGAGUUGUUUUAGUGAAAGCUUAUCACUGGUUUUCGAAUCAGAUCUAUGAAGGGUCUCCUCUCUUCUUGUAAUUAGCAUUUAGCUUAUAAUGUAAAUCUGAUGAGACUAUUGUGUACAAGCUUCCAUCGUUGGCAAGAAAAGGUCCAAUUGGCAGCUGCAAAGAAGAAUAUGGCUUGAAGUUACGAAUCUUCCAGUUUCUUUCUUUACAUGGCUGGAGGCUCCGCUCACUUGCAUAAAUGCAAAUUUGCUGGCUUCCCCAUCUCUUCUUCUCACACCCAUCAAAUCGGCCGAAGGAUUUGGCGUUUUGAAUUUAUGGCAACUUAGCUGCACCUGCCAAGGGGAACUCCGACAUACCUAAGCUGGAUUGUAAGUAAAGCUCUCCAUUUAAGUGAAGUGAUGUCAAAACAUUUGCAAGCUCUUGUUUAUCUGGAACACAUAGAUCAACGAUAAUAUGCCUGUCAUUUGGAUUUUCCUCUCUGUAUUUGUUACUGUGUCACUCUUGUUUGAUGCUUGUCCAAUUCCGAAUGAUUGGGGCUCGGAAAA